GUUGGAUCUCAGCUCGUGGGGCCAGAUUGAUGCACGCUACAGCUACGGUCCGCCAUGAUCGACUGCUAGAGGCCAGGAGACCCUGGCUAAAGAGAAGGUGGUCCAGCCAGCCAGUCAGCCGGCCAACCUUCUGGCCCUGGGAGGAUACAUCGAGUGAGAUAUGCAUGGUAGUUGCAGAAGGCCGAACUAUCGACCAAUGUGAAUGCCAGACCGGUUGAUUAACUGGCCCCAGAGCAGAGCUGACUAGUCAAAAAUGGUCUUGCCUCAGGUAUUCAUCGCACCCAUUUUAAAAAUAUCUGGGACAAUAACAGUGGGCGAAUCAAAUCCCCCUUCCAGGCUUCAGUCAUUGAUGGUCCAUGGAUUUCCGCCUCCACCUCUGUGUUUUCUCGGCAAACGCUCGGCGCACGACCAACUUUCACCGAGCCACGGUCAACAUAAUCGAAAAAAAGCGCUCGGAGUACCCAGGACAUAUUAUAUUAAUGAAUGAUAACCACUAGUCGCUGAUAAGUUGUCGGAUAUCCCCGCCGGGCAGGGCGAGAUAAAAAAAAAGUAAUUAGAAAGAAGAAAAGAAAAUUGCAGCUGAAGACCUUUAUAUGAGUGAUAUUGAAUCCUCUAGGCGUUUCUCCACUGGGAAUAAGCA